AUGUUGAGGUCGACCUACGGAUAUUGUCCUAAAGAUGACCAAGAUUUGAUCUAUGUGAAUGCCCUUCAAACCUCAAUCAAUCUUCUUGAUGCUGUAAUGAUUAGCAACUUUUGGGUCAAUGCGUUCCCAAUCCUUGCUAGCGUUCCUGAUUGGGUUCCUGGAACUGGUUGGAAACGUACCGCCCGGGAAUGGAGAGAACAAAAGGUCAAAGCUAUCAACACGCCCUACGAAUGGACAAAACAACAGAAUAGCAAUUGUCUCAUUCAAGGCUACGUUCAGGCAAAGGGAGAUUUUGAGCACUCAUUUCUUGGAUGCUUACUGGAUGACAAUGAAUCUACUGGUGAAUCAUGCACGGCCAAGCAAGAGAAGGAACUAAAGGAACUGUGUUACACCUUGUUUGUUGGUGGUACCGACACAACAGGGACAGCUCUUUUGAGCUUUGUUGCAGCCAUGGUGGCUCACCCAGAGGCUCAAAUAAAAGCACAGGCCAAGAUAGACUCUGUUAUUGGCUACGCAACUAGAUUACCAACACUUGCUGAUGCUGGCCAACUACCCUACGUCCAGCAACUUAUUCUUGAAGUUAUACGCUGGUUGCCUGUAGCACCAACAGGGGGACCUCCACAUCAGUGCUCCCAGGACGACGUUUACCGAGGAUAUGAUAUUCAAAAGGGGACUAUUGUGACGGUUAAUCUUUGGGCAUUAAGUCGCGAUGAGACUGUCUACAACAACCCUGAGGUAUUCGACCCCGAGAGGUUUGCUGAUUCAAACGUGACCGCUUUGCCAAACUUCGGAUGGGGGAGACGUAAAUGCCCUGGAAAUCACUUUGCCGAAGCAUCUCUCUUCCUAUUUAUAUCUUCGAUGCUCACAACCUUUACCUUCUCUCGCAAGGUAGACCCAGAUGGAAGGGAAGUCACCCCCAAGAUUGAGGGAGACUAUAAUAACCUUGCCCUCAUACUCAAACCAUUCGAGUUUGAACUGUCCCCACGAUCUGAAGAACAUAAACAACUUGUCAUUGAUAACAUGCCCAAGGAUUAA